CGUUUUCGCUCAGAUUUCUUCGUUGUGAUCCUGGGUGUCCGUUAAAACUUUCGGUGCUUUCCCGCAAGCUUGCCUGAGAAUGGAUCUGCAUCUGUUAGAUCGGUGUUUCGACGGGUCGUGAACGCUUCCGUUAGUUCUUCUCUGCGAGGCCUCAGCGUUGGUGGAGUAGGCCCUCUGCUUGCUUUUGGAGGAUCGUCGUCUGCUUUCGCGUUUGGUAUCGUCUACGUCAUGCUCCUGCUGCCUGUCUACGCGCUACUGCCUCAUAUAGCUCCAUCUUGCUACUGCUGUUUGCUGUUGUUUUUCGUGCAAGGUAAAUAAUGGCGCAUAUCCUUAUCUCAGAGCUAUCACUUGGAGAUACAGGCGUGAAGAUUUGUGCAAGGAUUUCUAGGAUGUGGGACUUUUGUGAUAUCAAUGAUGAUAAAAAAAUUAUACAUACAAACAUGGUACUGCUAGAUAAAAAGGGAGCCAGUAUACAUGGACAGGUCUAUCCUCCUACUGCUCAGAAGCUUAAAUUAAUGUUGCAUGAAGGAAAAGUUUACUACAUUGACUCUUUCUGUGUGAAGCAAGCUAAUAAGACAUAUAGACCGGUUGGCAAUGAUUUAAUGUUGUCGCUAACUAAGUGGACAUCUUUCGAAGAAUGCCUCCAGGUUCCUGAUGAAUUUCCAGGUAUAACUUUCUCCCUGACACCAUUUGAAGAUGUAUCGUCUCUUGCAGACAGGAAUUCAUUCUAUGUUGAUGUUAUGGGCGUGAUCACUGAAAUAGGUGAUGCUACUGUCAUCCGUCCUAAAUCAAGAAAUGUUGAUAGCCUCAAGAGAACUCUACACAUCUAUAAUGAAAGCAAUUCAACGCUUCCUGUCACAUUGUGGGGAGAAAGAGCCGGUGGCUUCGAUGCAGACAGUAUAUACAAGGCUGGCCAAACUCAUCCUCAGGUUGUCGUGUUUGUUGGUACACUUGUCAAAAAUUAUAGAGGCAUAGGACUGACAAUUACUGGUUGCUCACCAUGCAAGUGGUACAUCAAUCUUAAUAUGCCGGAAGUUGUUUAGCUAAAAGAAUGCUUUGCUACAAACUACCAACCCAUCAAGUGGAGUGACAGUGUAGAGGCAGCACACGAACAAGACAGCCCACAGGAAAAAACCAUCGAACAAAUUCUUGCGAUUAACCCUCACAAGAACAAGGGGGCACGCUACAUUGUCAAUGUAACAAUUAAAACGAUAUGUGCUGAAAAUUCUUGGUGGUACAAUUCGUGUGAUAUAUGUUACCGGACCUCUAAACCAUACAGUUCAAGCUACAGAUGCACCGGAUGCUUUGCUAUAGGACUCCCUGUUGCAAGGUAUAAGAUUGUUCUCAUAGCCGCAGAUCAUAGUGCUAGCACGACAUUCAUCCUUUUUGGGAAAACAACACAACGACUUGUUCGCAGACCUGUUGAGUCUCUAAUCGAAGAAAACCCACUUGAUAAGGAUUUUCUACCAGAUGAAAUAUUAAAUCUUGUUGACCAAUCAUUUACUUGGAAUGUGAGUUAUACACAGGAGGCCUUGAGGAGAAACCAAGAAUCACUGCAGGUCAACAGUAUCAUUUCCUCAGGCUCCUUAUCUACCCCACUCAUGCUAAUGGGUCCAUCCAGUUCCCACUCAGCAUCAGCCAAUGCAUCGGCAGAUUCAUCCUCCUCUUUGAAAGCACCGGCAUCGACAAGCGAAACGGCAGGGCCAUCACACAUAUUAGACAGUGAUAAAGAGAUUACUGCGCUGCAGGACAAUCCAUCAACACCCUUGAAAGCCUCUGUCAUUUCCACAGGACAACUGACACCAACAAGCAAACUCACCUCAGUAGACCCAGCAAAGAAAAAAGGGGUUGUCUCAAUCUGUCCAAUGCCAUCGCCACUGCCACAACCAUCCAAUGAUCCAAAGAAAUCUGCUACAUCUGAAACAUACGCUCAAAAAGAAACCUAUCACACAUCUCCUGCUACAACACACAUAUCUGUGCCUCAAAAGAAGGACUCAAUGUCACAAGAUGAUGAUCAGUCUGCCCAAUCAUCUGCAACUGGCAAGCCAUCUACCAAAAAAAGGACACGAGCUCCGUCUCCAUCUCCCUGUUAAAAAGCCAUUCAAACAAAGCGGUACUGAACCAAGCAACUAAACAGCCCUUCACAGAUGCUGGAGAGUAUUUUGGGGCCAUGUAUAUAGUCUACCUUGCUACAUACCAGAAAGCCGACAGGCACCAUGCAAUCACUGCUAUAUUGCGCAUGCUCUACUAUAUAUCAUGCAAAAUACCUUGUCUGGCCAUACUUUCUUUUACUCAAAACCUCUCUGUACUGAAAUGCCUUGUAUGACUAUAGUUCCUUUUGCUAGAAACGUCUGUGUAUUCUGUGUACAUACUAGCCUUACACUUUACGUGCAUACCAACUUAUUAGUUAGCAGUGCCACUCUAUCCAAUAUCAUGAAUGCAUGUAUGAUGCAUUAUCCUAUAUCAUGUAUGCCUCUAUCUUGCACUUUAACCGUUUG